CCGCAGUGAUUGCUACAGGAUUUAUGAAGUCACUGAGUUGAAGUGGAUACAGGUUGACCGCUUGUUCAAUCAAGUUCCCUGGUACAGCAAUUUUCCAGCAUGCCUAUUUCAAUUGUUCAGAGGACCCGAUGCCUUCGUCCGAAGCAAGUUGUUCUCGUUCCUGUCUUAUUUUUUGCUCCUUUGCUCGUUCGUUGCCAUGAUCUACAUUGCUGUCUGGAAUGACUAUGGCAGAGUGGACUAUGUGGUAUUAGUGUCGGUCUUUGUGACACUGUGCGGCUUGGAAGUGCUGCUAAAGUUGCUGUCAGCUGGGCCUAUUCGAUAUUUUCUAUUGUUUUGGAAUAUGUGGGACAUGGCUCUUCUCGUUCUUUCUCUCGUCGGGUUUGGCACUGGCAUUUACGCACUCCAAGUUCUCGUCUUCAUGCGUUCGUUUCGCCUCCUCAAGAUUUUCCAGUUAAAGCAGCGCUAUCGAGAUGUCAUUUCCACCGUUGUUGGACUAGUGCCGCAGAUGGGAAAUGUCGUCAUGGUGAUAAUCCUGCUAUAUUAUUUCUUUGCCAUCAUCGGAAUUGAAGCAUUUUCUGGCAAGGUCUUUCCUGGAUGCUGCCAGUCGCCAGAGUUCAUGGUUGCCACGUACUACAAGAAAGGCAAUGUUAGCAAUGAGACUGGUUUCUACUUUCUCAACAACUUUGACAGCAUUCUACAGAGCUACGUUACUCUGUUUGAGCUGAUGGUGAUCAACAAUUGGUGGAUAGUAAUGAAUGGUUUUGUUUCGGAGACAUCGGGAUGGGUUCGCGUAUUUUUCUUUGUCUACUACUUUUUAUCCUUGAUGGUUCUCAACAUCCUUGUGUCCUUCAUCCUGGAUGCGUUUGUAUUUCAUCUGGCUCUGUCUCCUAAUGGGGAGGGACGAGAAGAAAUCACAUCAUCAAAAAAAGGAUCCAAGUACUAUCACACGGUGAGGAUCAAGGUAGGCUAUAACGAGAUAUCGGAUGACCUCUCACAGGCCACGUUCUUCAUGUUUCCGGCAGAGGGCUAUCUCUUGUUUCAAGGGCAACGGCGACUGACAAGGGAGGACUUCAGCAUCCAGAUGUACAGUGGUGAAGUGGAGACCUGGCUUGAAGAGCUGGAGUUGGAGUUUCGCAAUGUGGAGGCCGACUUGGGCAGCAGUGCACGUCACAUGAUGCACAAUCGCAGGAAGUACAACACGAUCAGGUCGGACAUCACACGCAACUUGCUGGUGGUACGGCGCUAUGUGGAGGAUAUCAUACGAAGUCCAGAAGAGGGCGACAAUGACGGCGACGGGUUCUUGAUCAUUAACCUAGACGAGGUCGCACCGAGUGAGAAUGGUAGUGCCAGCAGUAAUGGCGCCGCCACAGCUGGUCCAGUCCGAUUACCUGCAGUAGACCAGGAUGCUGCUGCCGCAGCCGACUAGGGACCGUAACGUCGGAUGCGUUGAGUGAUUGAUCGAGAGUUGUGCAUUGCAUAGUUUCCUAGAACGCUUACUGAAUUAGGCAUAGUUAGGUAACUAAAAAUGAAGGACCUAAUGACUCUAGUUCUUUGAAUUGGCAUAGUUUUUUUUAGGAUUAAUAGACCAGAGCUACUACUAACUGAAGUAGGUGUAAUUAGACUAAUACUGGUGUUAGAAAAUUCGAAACUAUUUCUGGACUCCAACUUGAUAUUCUAUUUAUUUCUAUGCAGCCCCGUUCGGGACUGCUGUCGAGCAGCUAGUGGUAACAGUGCUAUAUUUUUGUGAUUUGCGCUAUCUGUUUGGCUGCUUUGACAGUCUUGCCUCCUCCAUAUGCUAUGCUGCUAUUACAAGAAACGGUCCAGUGCUUUUAAAGAGUCAAUUUA